AUGAACCUUGUUUCUUCUCAAAAAGACAUAAUGGGUGGCGGCGACGAUAACAAAUCUCAAAAUCGAGAAGAGAUUGAGUCCGAAGAUAGCGAACAUACUAUUCAAGAUCCCAGUUCAACAACAGAAGAAACCGCCAAUGAUAAUGCAGUAACUGAUUUAACUGAAAGAAAAGACAAAGCACCACCGCAUAAUAAUACAGAGAUAACUUCAGAAAAUAUUGGAGAUCAAACACAAGUGAAAUUGCCGAAUGUAAGAAGCGAAGAAGCAGGUGAGGGCGGAAGUUCUACUGCAAAUCAAGCCGUUGUUCCCGAGAAUGCGUCACAAAUACAACAACACGAAACCGGAGAUAUUGCCGGCGAACAAACGACUUCAGAACAACAACAUGAAACUGGAGCUAUCGCCGGCGAACAAACGACUUCAGAACAACAACAGCACCAAAAUAAUAUCACGGCUAAUUCCCAAGUCACAAAUGAGAAUGCUUCCCAAGUCACAAAUGAGAAUGCUUCCCAAGUCACAAAUGAGAAUGCUUCCCAAGUUACAAAUGAGAAUGCUUCCCAAGUCACAAAUGAGAAUGUUUCCCAAGCCACAAGUGGGAAUGCUUCCCAAUUCACAAAUGAGAAUACUUCACAACUCGAUGAACGAGCAAUGUUUGAACAGAAUUUCGCGUUUGAGCAAUCGAUUAAAGAAGAGACUAAAAGAAUGCCGUUAGUGUGUGUUGAUGAGAAUAUUAGAAAGCUGUUUGAUGAGUAUCAAUAUGGAAGUGAAGUGUAUAAAAAUAAGAUUAAGAAAUUAGCUGUUCGGCAUGGAAGAAUAAGGCGAUGUCGAGGUGAUGGCAAUUGUUUUUAUCGAGCUUUUUCUUUUGCUUGGUUCGAAAGACUCUUGGUGUCCAAUCAACCAACUUUACAGCAGAACGCGCUUAAAUCACUCGCCGAUACUAUACAAAUUCUCGAUCAAGCAGGCUACGACAAAUUGGGCUACGAGAAUUUCUAUGAAGAUGUCUUAAAUGAGAUGCAAAAAAUUGCGGCAGGGACACACGAUCACGAUACUCUGCUAUCGGUCUUUCAAACCGAUGACAUUUCCAAUUCCAUUGUCUGUUAUCUUCGACUUGUGACCGCGGCAUAUUUAAAGAUCCACAAGGACGAGUUCGAACCAUUCCUUGAAAUGGAUAUUGGCAUGGAGAGCUAUUGUAACCGUUUCGUUGAAGUGAUGGACCAAGAAGCUGACCAUUUACACGUGAUCGUGUUGACCCGUGCUCUCAAAGUUCCAGUAGAGAUUGCGUAUAUGAGUGGUUCUAAUGCAUUGGAAGAAGUCAAUUUCCACGAGUUCUAUCCAGAUGCAACAGGUCAACAACAUGUAACUGUCCCAUCUAAGCCAUUGGUGCUGUUGUAUAGACCUGGUCAUUAUGAUAUUCUAUAUAGAAAUCAUGGUAAUAGACAGUAG